AUGCAUUUGAAAAAUCAACUUAAAGAAAAAGGAUUUGACAAGGAGAAGGACAAGUCGUUACAUUCGGCUACUAUUGAAGAAGCUAUAACUGCUACAGGUUUCGGCAAAUACAACUUCGGUCUCAUGCUGGUGUGUAGCUGGACCUUGCAGGCUAUGGGAAUGGAUUUAUUCGGCACCAGCUUCGUGGUAGCGGCAGCAGUCUGUGACCUAGAAUUGAGCAUGCAACAGAGAGCUUUAUUAACUGCCACUCCACUUAUAGGUGUGGUUCUUGGAGCACAACUAUGGGGUUACAUCUCCGACACAAAGGGUCGCCGGUUAACCCUUGUACUCUCCAUGUCUAUCGGCUUCGUCUUCGCAGCCCUCAGUAGUUUUGCCCCGAAUUGGAAGAUCAUGGCACUACUUAAAUUGGUAUCUUCUACAUUUACUUCAGCCAGUAAUUCGGCUUCCUACACUCUGCUUGGAGAGAGUUGUCCUGAAUUCUAUCGUGGUCCUACAAUGCUUCUCUGCAACUGUUUUCUGAUGUGUUCGCAGGCUGUAGUGGCUUUAUUUGCCUACCCAAUACUUCCAUUGGAGUUCGUGUAUUGGAUUGAUUUCCUUAGCAUCAAGUACAGAUCCUGGCGUCUCCUGGCUCUUGUUAUGUCUCUGCCCUGCGCAGCAACAGCCUGUUUACUGCAACUGUUCCACGAAAGUCCCAAAUUUUUGGUCUCAAUUGGGAAAAAUGAAGAAGCGUUAGAAGUACUAAAGAAAAUAUACGCAUGUAACAGUGGCAAGCAAGCUAAUACCUUUACUGUCAAGAAAAUCGUAGACAAAGCCGAGCAAGCUUCAGAGAAAGAAUCAUUCUUUAAGACCAUGUGGCAUCAGACAGCUGCCCUGUUCAGACCUCCUCUACUUAAAGUUACUCUUAAACUUUUUUAUUUAGUCACCAUUAUUUACAUGACUGGAAGCGGCUUCAUUCUUUGGCUUCCAUACAUUAUGAACAAUCUAUUUUCGGUUCUCGAAGCCGGUGGAGGACAGGGCAUGAAUCUUUGCACUAUCAUCAGAUACUCAACUGAAAGUGUUGGCGUCUCAGGAAAUGACACGAUGAUCCAGGAAGUAUGUAAUGAUACAAUUCAAGACACAACCCUCCUCUCUGCUAUGACGUACGGUGCCUUGGCCAGUUCUAGUAAUCUGGUGCUCUCUCUCACUUGCGGUUCAAGGAAACGCUUUGCUAUGAUCUGUAUUGUAACUACAUCAGCAGUAGCUGCUGUACUUCUAAACGUGAUUGCUGUUCCCAUCGCUGGCGGCAUCUUCUUCUUCUUCUUCCUUCUCUGUGCCCUCUCGAUGGGUAUUUUGAGUGUUUAUUUUGUGGAAUUAUACCCGACGUCAUUGAGAGGAAUGGCGUCCUGUUUAUCGGUGAUGCUGGGAAGAUCUAGCGCUUUUCUUGGUGUGAAUGCGAUUGGGGCUCUUAUCUCUGCCAAUUGCGAGGCAACGUUCUAUGGCUGGGCUGUUUUAUUACUUACUGCUGUUGUAUUGUCAUGGUAUUUACCGAAGGACAAGGUUCCAAAUAAAUGA